GUACAAUGGGAGAUACAAAUUUUCGCAUUCAAGUCGUUUUGUCAUUGCAGACACCCUAUAUAGAGAAGCUUGAACAAAUCGGCCGACGAAACCGAUCAAUAAGUAGAGGAAGACUGUUUUGUCGGCCAACGCAACGUAACGCGCCGUGCUAUAGAGUAGUUACAACGCGUGUGAAUCAUGUUUCGGUAAUUCCCACUAUCCCGGAGUACCACGGGUUUUCUUUCGUCUAUCAAAAUAAUUCAACAAUGGUAUCGCUCGAAGAUAGUUGGAAGGAAGCCACGGAGGGCUUAGACGAGGUGGUCUGCGAUACUUGGUUCACGAGGAUACAGGAAGUUUACUCAGAAGAGAAACGCACGUAUCAUAACCUGGACUCACUCAGAGAGAAAUUGAAUCAUUAUUACGAGAUCAAGAACAACCUGAAGAACCCGCAAGCCGUAUUGCUCGCAAUAUUCUUUCAAAAUUUCGAAUACGAACCCAAAGCUAUGGAUGAUGAAGACAAGAACCUUGAGCACUUUAACGCUUUCGCUGAUGAAGCCGAAAUUCCACCGGAUGCAGAGCUCAAAGAGGAGACGUGCGCUCUGCUCAAAGUAGCGGCGACUCACAGUACCGAGGCUCAUAAGGUGGGUGGUGCUUUCGGCGGCGAAGAUGCCCACUACUUCUUGGAUUUGGACAUGGCGGUGCUCGGCUCUUCGCCGGGCAAUUAUGCCGAGUAUAGGGAGCGAAUACGUGGAGAAUAUUAUUUCCUUAGCGAACCUAUGUACACGGCGCUACGGUUGAAAGUGUUGCAGAAUUUCCUGCAAAUCCCGAACAUCUUCGCUACUAUGGAAUUUCGCGACAAGUUAGAGGAACAAGCGCGACAGAACAUCCAGGCGGAGGUAGAGAUGCUGUCUUAGAACAUCCAUUGUUUUGUCUUGCUUCAGAACUACGGAAAGAAAAUAUAUUACUAAAUAUUUAAUAUUAAAUAUUUAUAUAUCACACGAUUAUUAUAAAUAUUUAAUAUUAAAUAUUAUCGAGGGUUCUCUCUCAAUAUGCAAUUGCUAUUCGAUUUUUAAUGAGAAUCCGCCGAUGAUAAGAACUUGCUUCAAUCUAACCAAAGGUUUUGACAUUGAACAUAAUCAGUAACAUGGUGCGAAGAGGAUUUCGACACCUACCUCAUUACAGUGACAUGUUCGUUGUUGAUUCCGCGCAAAGGUACAGCGAAUGUCAAACCGCUUAUUCAUUCAUAAUUAAUGAGAAUCUCUCGAUGAAUGCGGAGAGAACGUUAAUCCGCUGUUUCUCGUGCACGAGUCACCUCAAGUAUGUUGAAUUUAAUUAUAUAUAUUGUCGUUUUCCGUAAUUAGUUUAUAUAUUUAUUAAAUAUAAUAAUUGUACAUAUAAUUAGUUCUUCGUUCCAACUAUUUUUUUCUGAAUGUACGAAUCUAUAUCAUAUCAUAUCUCAUCGCUUACGCACAAUUUCUCCAUGGAGAUACUCUGUAUGAAAUUUCUUGGGUGGAAAUUUCACGGCUCGUUAGUACAGUUUAAUGAGUUACUUUAAUAAAUUUAGUUAGAUAAGUUAACUUAGUUUAAUAAUUAUCUAAUUGAUCGUCGGAAUUAUCUCACUGUUCGGACUUGCGUAAUGGGGCGAGAAUGAAACUUAGAGAAUAAUAAUCGCAAUUGUCGUAUCAUCGGAAUUUAUAAAAUGGAAUUGACACGCGUUUAUGGAUAAAUGUAAUAACGAGUAUAUAUAUUUUAGAAAGAAUAUUUUCACGCGAGAGAGUGAUCGAAAGAUUGCGAAUUUAAAUUCGGAAGUAACGCUUUGCUCACUCCACACGUGCAGCACGAAACGCUCUCUUUAUCUUUUAUGACUUCGAAGAUCCUUAGAGAUUUUGAGAACUUGUCCGGGAUUCUCGGCAAAUUCGAGAGAUUCCUAGGAACUCUGAUACGUCCAUAGAUCUGAGUGAAAAUCACUGGUGCUUCUCGAAGAUCUUCGAGACAAGCUUAUUUCUUCGACGCCGGUAAUUGUCGGAUUUUGUGCAAAUAAAGUUUAAUCGAUGCUGCAAAAGAAUACAUACUUUAAGACUCGUAUCGAAAUAUUGAGAAAAGAGUUGUUAAGUAAUGAUUAAAUCGCGGCAUUUGGAAAUCCACGACCGAGACAAAAUUCUGGCCGAGAUAUUACGAACGAUGUACAAUGAAAUAAAGAUGAUUAUUAAGUA